AUGUGCAUUACUGUAUGUCUUUUCGAAGGACUGGACGACCUGUUGUCCUUGGAUCCCCUCUUGGACCCUGGAUCUAGUGUUCCCGCCCUUCAGUUGAGCCAACCUUCGAAGACAGAUCCCUCUGGCCUGCCCUCUGGCCUGAAACCAGCCCCCGCGAACGUUGUUGUCCGACCGCUGGCGGCAAAGACUACAGAAAAGAAGAACCCGCUGGAUCAGUUGGACUCCACUCUGGCGAAUUUAGCUUCCAGUCUGGGUAGCAGUACUCCAGACUGGGGUACAACCUCCAAGGUAGGCACUACUGUCUUCGAGUCUGCGUGA